CGGACGGCUUCGACGUGGGCUGCUCUCUCUCCCAAACCGGCCGGUUGUAUAUACCUUCGACGAGAUCGGCCGCAGGGCUGCGUCAUAGGGACGAUAGUGGCGCGGUCCCUGAGGCGUGAUUGAGUCGACGAUCUGAUUCUAAUUAACUUUCACCGGCCUUGCACGAGCCACGCCGCCGAGUCCCGACGCGCAUAUAGUCAGCUUCAGAAGGUUGGAAACGGUGAUUCGGGAAAGCGUACGGUGCGGUUGACCCGACUUGUCAGCUAAAGCUUCAAGCUCCAAACUUCAUUGUCGUCAUGGCCGAAGAAGCUAGCACAUCGCCGACGUUGUCCAAACGUGGCGCUCGGGCAUUCGAGGAGUCGGCCCACCUCCUGGGCCUCGCGUCCUUCCUGGAAACACAGUACUCGAACCAGAACCCAAAUGGCGUGGUCAACUUUGGCGUCGCGGAGAACACGUUGAUGCAGGAUGAACUGAAAGCCGAUCUGAAUGCGAACCUGCAGUUGCAGGAUCUGGACUUCACCUAUGGCGAUCAUAUGUGUGGCUCGACACGGAUUUUCAAGGGGCUGGCACGGCUGUUCAACCGGUACUUCAAACCUGUAUCGCCAGUCGAGCCUCAGCAUAUCGUCACCGGAUGUGGCGUAACGGCUCUAAUCGAUCAAGUCUCGCACCUUUUAGGCGAUGAAGGGGAUCUCAUGCUGAUUGCAAGACCUUAUUACAAUGGUUUCAACAAUGACGUUUCGCUACGCAGCCGAUGUUCGAUGCACGGCGUGGACACUGGUUCUAUCAACCCGGACUCUCCGCAGACCCUCGCUGCCUUUGAAUCCGCCAUGUCGCAGCUCGAGUCGGAGGGCAAAACGGCUUGCGCCGUCGUCCUCUGCAAUCCGCACAACCCGCUCGGGUUCAAUUACCGGCGCGAGACGCUCCUCGCGUACUGCAGGUUCGCGGAGAAGCACGAUUUGCACCUGGUGUGCGACGAGAUAUACGCGCUGAGCCAGUUCGAGAAUGAGAAGGUGGCGGAUAAGGUGCCGUUCACGUCGAUCCUGUCCGUGGAUGUGAAGCGGGAGGCGGGCUGCAAUCCCGCACGGGUGCAUGUGCUAUAUGGGAUGAGCAAGGAUUUUUGCGCCAACGGACUGCGCGUCGGUUGCUUGGUCACUCAGCACAAUCCGGACUUCAGGAACGCGUUUGUAGGUACCGCGUUAUUCAUGAAAGUCAGCUCUGCUGCGGACGCGCUUUGGUCACGUCUGUUGCUUGACGACACCCUAUUAGACAACUUUGUCAAGACCAACCAGGCUCGAUUGAGGGCAACAAUAAAAUACUGUCUCGACUGGUUCGAAGCUCGCGGUGUGCCUUGCAAUCAACCUACGACAUCUCAUUUCAUCUGGCUGGACCUCAGGAACUAUCUUCGCGACAGAGACAACGAUGGUAACGAGUUUGCGACAGAUCGAGAGCGAGACAAGGACCUUUGGCUCGCGUUCCUUGAAGCAGGAAUAUUCGUUGCAGCUGGUUACGCUUACACGAGUACUCUACCAGGUCAUUUCAGGUUUACGUUCUGUGUACGACGCGACGUUUUGGAAGUUGGCUUGAAAAGGCUGGAGUCGGUGUUGAAGGCUCGCAAAAAGACGUAAUCUUGCCUGUGCAUGUAAGAGGCAUCUCCACCGAAAUCAGAUAACAUUGUGAGCUGUUGUGGUGCGCAAACA